AUGGAUUCGAGAGUGCUCAGUUUAAGCGUUUUGAUUCUGAUAACAUUUUUUAAAUGGACAGAUGCCACGCCGACGACACAGCGUAAUUCUACAGAUGCUAAAACGUUAAUUACUACACUCCUUGCAGUAGUGUGUAAGUUUGGCCACUGCCCGCGCCGACUCAUGGUGGUGCCGUCCAGCCGCGGGUGCGUCUGUGACUCAGACUGCGCUGGAAACCACAUCUGUUGUGUCUUCGACUGCGGAGCUGUCUGUGUGCCGCCUGCUUUCACAAAGCCGGGAGUGUGUCCUCGCAGACGCCAUGGCUCAGGAAUGUGUGCAGAGUUUUGUUCUAAUGACAGUGAUUGUCCCAGGGAUGAAAAAUGCUGCCACAAUGGAUGUGGCCAUGAAUGUACUGCACCAUACACAGUGAAACCUGGUCGUUGUGGACUACCCAAAGGAACCCCAGUGUGCGCUGAGUUUUGCUACCAUGACGGGCAGUGCCCAGGGGAACAGAAAUGUUGUCGGACCACCUGCGGCCACGCCUGCAAUGAGCCGUGUUGA